CUGUGCAGCUGAGCUGGGCUGGACCUGCCCUCUGGAGCGCCCCCUGCUUGCUACCUAGGAGUUCUAACCAAAACCAAACCAAUCUGGUUGACCAUCUGGAAAGAGAUGACCAGAUGGCACAGAAUUUGAGGAAGACGCCCCGCAGGCCCAGCUAGGCCCGGACCUCGGCUCCAUGCGGCUCACGCGCUGCCACGCCGCCCUGGCGGCCGCCAUCGCCUUCAACCUGCUGGUGUUCUUCGUGUUGUGGCUGCAGCCCCAGCCCAGGAGCUGGCGGGCCCGGGGCCCCCGCCGAGGCCCCGCCGCCGGGCCCCGCGUCACGGUGCUGGUGCGCGAGUUUGAGGCCUUCGACAACGCGCUGCCCGAGCUGGUGGACUCCUUCCUGCGGCUGGACCCCGCGCAGCCCGUGGUGGUGGCCGCCGACCGGCUGCCCUACCCGCCGCUAGCCCUGCCCCGCGCCCCCGGCGUGCGCCUGGCCCUGCUGCAGCCCGCCCUGGACCGGCCGGCCGCCGCUGCGCGCCCCGAGACCUACGUGAGCACCGAGUUCGUGGCGCUGGUGCCCGACGGGGCGCGCGCCGACAGCCCGGGCCAGCUGGAGCGCAUGGCGGACGCGCUGCGCGCGGGGGGCGCCCGCCUGGUGGCCGUGCCCGUGGCCUCGGCCAACCCCGCCCGCUGCCUGGCCCUGAACGUCAGCCUGCGCGAGUGGACGGCCCGCUACGGCCCCACCGCCCCCGGCCGGCUCUGCGACGCCCUGGACGGGGACGCCGUGGUGCUCCUGCGCGCCCGCGACCUCUUCAACCUGUCGUUGCCCCUGGCCCGGCCGCUGGGCACCGGCCUGUUCCUGCAGACGGCGGCCCGCGGCUGGGCGGUGCAGCUGCUGGACGGGGCGUUCGCCGCGGCGCGCCAGGCCCCGCUGGCCACUGCACACGCGCGCUGGAAGGCAGAGCGCGAGGGGCGCACGCGGCGGGCGGCGCUACUGCGGGCGCUCAGCAUCCGGCUGGUGGGCUGGGCGGGCGGGCGACUCGAGUGGUUCGGCUGCGGCAAGGAGACGGCGCGCUGCUUCGGGACCGUGGUGGGGGACACGCCGGCCUACCUGUACGAGGGCCGCUGGACGCCGCCCUGCUGCCUGCGCGCGCUGCGGGAGACGGCGCGCCACGUGGUGGGCGUCCUGGAGGCGGCGGGCGUGCGCUACUGGCUGGAGGGCGGCUCGCUGCUGGGCGCAGCGCGGCACGGCGACCUCAUCCCCUGGGACUAUGACGUGGACCUGGGCAUCUACCUGGAAGACGUGGGCAACUGCGAGCAGCUGCGGGGCGCGGAGGCGGGCUCGGUGGUGGACGAGCGCGGCUUCGUGUGGGAGAAGGCCGUGGAGGGCGACUUCUUCCGCGUGCAGUACAGCGAGAGUAACCACCUGCAUGUGGACCUGUGGCCCUUCUACCCGCGCAACGGGGUGAUGACCAAGGACACGUGGCUGGACCACCGGCAGGACGUGGAGUUCCCCGAGCACUUCCUGCAGCCGCUCGUGCCCCUGCCCUUCGCCGGCUUCGUGGCGCAGGCGCCCAACAACUACCGCCGCUUCCUGGAGCUCAAGUUCGGCCCCGGCGUCAUCGAGAACCCCGAGUACCCCAACCCGGCGCUGCUGAGCCUGGCGGGAAGCGGCUGAAGCCCGACACCCCGCGCUCCUGCCAUCAGGGGAGGCGCCUUUGGUGCAUGGGGCCCAUGUGCUGGAGAGAGAAGGGAAGGGACCCUGAGAGACACCAGACAGGGAAGUGUCGUCUGAAGCCACACACCCCAGUCCUGGGUGGGGGUAGGGUGCAGCAGUAGCUAAUGGGACUUGCAUGGGACAAGCAGCACCAGAGCUGAGCGCUGUUCUGAUUCAGAUAAGUCGGUAGGGCCGGCGAGACAGUUCGCCUGGCAGUGCACGCACUGCGGCCUGCACGCUGCUCAGAUUGGAGCUUGCCCCCACCAGACUGCAGAAAGCUUGGGUGCUGUGCUUUUCUUUCCUUCUCAUCCUCUCUGAAACAAAGUGGGCUGGAGUGGUCAACUACCGACCAAAAUAAUAAUUAUAAUAAAUGAAAAUGAACCCACAUGCAUAAAGGGUCCCAAAUGGUCCUGCCCACCCGGUAGUAAUGGCUCCAUGCGAGUCCAUUCCGGGUUCUCCCAGUUAUGGCAGGUGCCGCUGGCCACUGGUGGCUGAGCCAGGGAUGCCUAACAUCCUACAGGGUCCAGGACGUCAAAGACCACCCUACCCAAGAUUUAACCCAAACCCCAGGCUCCAGAGUGGAAAACUUCCAGAAUCUGGAUAAGAGAAUGCAGUUUCUGAGACCAGACUGCCAUAAUACAGAUCCCGGCUCUCCCACUUACUAAGUAGGUGGGUCAGGGUGCGUGUCUCAUCUCUGUGCCUCAGUUUCCUCCAGGACUCAGGGAGCACUCUCCCUCCCUGGUGUCUGGUUGUUGCAACCCCCUCUGUCACCAGAGGACACACCUGUUCCGUGGUGGUCAUUGGCAGGUGCCGCUCCUGGAUCCGAACUCACGCUUAGUGACCAGCACCCAGCUAUUUUAGCCCUGCCUUGCCAGGCGGCCUAAUCACUCAGACCUCACAUGGACUGAGCACCCACUAUGUACCUACCAGGAGUCCUCAUUCUCUGAUGACGUGGGUUUACUUGGUUCUCACCUCAGCCCUCCAGAGUGAGAGUUGCUCUCAUCCCCACUUUAAAAAUGAGGAACUGAGGCCAAAAUGGUAAAGUCUCAUUUGUCCAUUGUCAUAUAGCUGGGGAAGUGGCAGAGCUGAGGCCUGAACCCAGGCUGAUAGUGUGGACUCCACAGCAACCCCAGUGUGUCUGUCCUUCACUGUCACUAAUAAUGGCUCUUCAGAAGGGCUCUGGGGACUGACUCCAUGCCACCUAGCAGAACACUCCUAAUCACACACCCCACCUUUUACAUUUUUUAUUUUAUUGAAUAAAGGCAGAGAUUGAGAUGAAAAGGGGAGCUAGAAAGGGAGAGAAGAGACACCUGUAGCACUGCUUCACUGCUUGUGAAGCUUCCCUCCUGUAGGUAGGGGCUAGGGGUUUGAACCUGGGUCCUAGCUCAUGGUAAUUUGUGCUUAAAUAGGUAUUCCACUGCCAAGUUUCAUUUUGUUGUUGGUUUUUUUUUUCCCCAGAGCCCUGCUCAGCUCUGGUUUAUGGAGGUUUUGGGGACUAAACCCGAGAUGGCAGAGACUCAGGCAUGAAAGUCUUGCAGAACCACUGUGCUAUCUCCCCUUUCUGUGCCCGUCCUUAUUUAUUUAUUCCUUUUUUGUUGCCCUUGUUUUAUUGUUGUUAUUGAUGUCGUUGUUGCUGGAUAGGACAGAGAGAAGUGGAGAGGAGGGAAGACGGGGGAGAGAAAGACAGACACCUGCAGACCUGCUUCACUGCCUUUGAAGCGAUUCCUCUUCAGGUGGGGAGCUGGGGGCUUGAACCAGGAUUCUUACUCUGGUCCUUGAGCUUUGCUCCACGUGUGCUUAACCGGCUGCGUUACCGCCGGACUCCGGCUCCUUUUUUUUUUUUUUUUUGCCUCCAGGGUUAUUGCUGGGGCUCAGUGCCUGCACCAUGAAUCCACUGCUCCUGGAUGCCAUUUCCCCUUUUGUUGCCCUUGUUGUUGUAGCCUUGUUAUUAUUGUUGUUGAUGUUGAUGUCAUUCGUUGUUGGAUAGGACAGGAGGGGAAGACAGACGGGGAGAGAAAGAUAGACACCUGCAGUCUUGCUUCAUUGCCUGCAAAGAUACUCCUCUGCAGGUGGGGAUCCGGGGGCUCAAACUGGGUUUCUUAAGCUGGUCCUUGUGCUUUGCGCCACGUGCGCUUAACCAGCUGCACUACCGCCUGACUCCCGCCCCUCCUUUUUUAAAGGUUUAUUUUCAGCUGACAAGACAGCUCACUUGCUUUGUCAUGUAGCUCGAACCCAGCCCUCACUACACCCAAGGAAACUUUAAUGCUAUGGUGUCUUUCUAUCUGAAAAACACAUCAACCUGGAGCAGUGAAGCUCCAGUGAUAACCAAGAAAAGAUUUAUUUAUUUAUUUAUUUAUUUAUUUAUUUCAUAUGAGAGAGAAGCCAGAGCCCUGCUUCAGCACACAGGGUGCUGGGGGAGGGAGGGUGAAUUUGAACCAGGGAGCUUCAAGCACGCAAGUCCUGCACAGUACGAGCUGAGCCAUUUCUUCAGCUUUCACAUUUAAGAAGUGUCAGGACUUGUACCUUUCAUAUGCAUUAUUUACUUAAAAGAUUUAGUUGAAAAAAAAAAGAUUUAGUUGGGUGGGGGUAGGUAGCAAAAUGGUUAUGCAAAGAGACUCAUGUCUGAGGCUCCAAAGUCCCAGGUUCAAUCCCCCAUACUACCAUAAGCCAGAACUUAGCAGUGCUCUGGUGUUUCUGUGUCUUUCUCUGCAUCUCUCUCAAAAAUUAAAUAAAUAAAAGAUUUAGUUUAGUGUGUGUGUGUGUGUGUGUAUGAGAGAGAGAGAGAAGCCAGAGUAUCUGAUAUGUGCAGUGCUGGGGAUGGAGUCAGGAACCUUGAGCAUGAAAGCCUGAUGCUCUAACAGUUGAGCUGUCUCCCCAGCUGCACGUAUUGUUGAGAAACUAUACAGGUACAACUCUCAGUCUGGAUGCUCCUGAGAAGGCUUGAACUGUCCCAGUUUCACAGGGAAAAUACACAGGUUUUGGGCCUGGGUGGUGGCAUACCUGGUUGCAAUGUGCAGACCCAGGUUCAAGCCCCCAGUCCCCACCCAUAAGGGGAAGUCUCAUGAGUGGUGAACUAGGUCUGCAGGUGCCUCCUUUCCUCUUGCUAUCUGACUGUCUCUAUCAAAUAAAGAUGAUAAAAAACAGUAGAGAUUUUUUUUUUCUGCUUAGCUUAUCCUGAUUGUUUGUUACCUGCUCAGCUCUGGCUGAUGAUGGUGCUGAGGACUGAACCUGGGACCUCAGAACCUCAGGCAUGAGGGUCUUUUGCUGUCUCCCCAGCCAGCUCCUCCUCAAUGACUUGACCACUCAGGAGUGUGUGCACACCUGGCUUUUGAGACCGUGAAUUUUUGUUUGGUUUUGUUUUGUAAUUUUUGCUGUUAGAGCCUCAUGCCUUCGUGAUUCCACAGCUCCUACAGACAUUUUUUUCUUUCAAUAUGGGGGGGGGGUGGUUAGGAGGAGGAGAGACCAUAGCACUAUUCCUCUGCUCAUGAUGCUUCCCCUAUGCAUGGUGCGCCCAUGUGGUUCUGGAGGCUUAAACCUUAGUCCUCAGUCAUGAUAAAGCUUAUGAUAGGGUAAAAAAAAAAGGGGGGGGGGUCUGGGUAGUGGCACAUCUGGUUGAGCACACAUUACAGUACACAAGGACCUGGGUUCAAUCUCACCUAUAGGGGGAAAUGCUUCAGGAGUGAUAAAGUGGUGCUACAGGUGUCUGUCUGUUAAUCUCCUUUCUCUCUGUCUCCAAAAUAAAUAAGAUAUUCUUAAUGUAAUUAUCUUUAUUGGAUAGAGACAGCCAGAAAUUGAUAGGGAAGGGGGUGAUAAGAGAGGGAGAGGGACGCCUUCAACACUGCUUCACCACUCGAAAAGCUUUCCCCCAACAGGUAAGGAUGGGGGUUGGGGGGCUCGAACCUGGAUCCUUAUGCAUUGUUUUUUUUUAUUAUUAUUUUCCCCUUUUGUUGCCUUUUUUAAAAUUGUUGUUGUUGUCGUUAGAACAGAGAGAAAUGGAGAGAAGAGGGGAAGACAAAGAAAGACAAGACACCUGCAGACCUACUUCACUGCCUGUGAAGCGACUCCCUUGCAGGUGGGGAGCCGGGGGCUCGAACCGGGAUCCUUACGCCAGUCUUUACGCUUGGAGCCGCGUGCGCUUAACCCGCUGCGCUACCAUCUGACUCCUGUCCUUGUGCAUUGUAAUGUGUGCUCAAUCAGGUGUGCCACCACCUGGCUCAAUUAUAUAUGUAUGUGUAUGUCUAUAUAUAUAUAUGUUUUUUUCUUUGAAGGCUCUGAAAGAGGAGGGGCUCAUGUUCAUAGCUAUGCACUGCUACACCUACUGUGAACUUGGGCCACCUGAUUCUGCACUCCAGAACUCCAGCACUGCAGAACUAAACAGGAAUGGGAGCAGUAGCCAAGAGCUCCUACCCUACUUGGGGGGUGAGACAGCUGGGAAUUCACUGAUAAUGAAGUCUGGAGUCAGGGCAGGGUGUGACUUCUGAUUUGACCACCCAGGUUUUUUCUUGUCUAGUUUUAACAUUGUUUUACAAAAGUGUAAGAUUUCAGCAGCCUGGGAAGUGGCGCAGUGGAAAAAGCACUGAACUCUCCAAGCAUGGGGUCCUGAGGUCAACCCCCAACAUCAACAAGUGCCAGAGUGGUGCUCUGGUUCUCUCUCCAUCUCCGCUCUCAUACAUAAAUAAAUAUACCCGCAAGUCAUAUAGUUUCAUACAUAGGCAGCAAUACCACCAUGAGAGAUGCAGAACUAAAGGAAACUUCAUGGGGGUCUCUGUCUGUCUACCUGAAUGGAAAGGUGGUCAGGUGGUGGUGAAAUUGCACAUGCCUGAGGCCCGAACUCUGCAAAGAAAUGAAUAAAGAAAUGCAUUAUCUGAGCCCAA